CUGCGGUGCCCCAUCCCCGAGGCGAUCGAGGCCGGGUUGGCUGCGGCCCUGGGCAGCUGAGCUGGUGGGGGGCAGCCCUGUCUGCAGCACGGGUGGGACUGAGGGGACUUUAUGUUCCCUUCCAGUUCUGCGGUUAUGACAGUUCCUUCGGACUGCUUUUCGCUCGUGUAUAGAAUGGUUCAGCCUAAAUCCAUUUUUUUAACAAGACUUCUUUAUAUGCAUUGCUAGAAUUCUGCUUUUCUCUUACACAAACCUGCUUGGAUUUUGUGUACCUCAUACAGCUGUGUGUUAGCAACGCUUACCUGUUUUUAAUUUCCGUGGGUCAAAACUGACAUUCAUGUGGUCACCCCCUCAGUGUGUGCUGGUAGGCUUGGACUGUGACUUCCGUGUGGUUGGUAAGGCCGAGAGCAGUGAGGGAGAAGGGCCAGCAGCUUGAACUUUUCUCAGUGUUAGAGGAUGUUUCCUCUAGGUCACCUCUAGGCCAUCUCUCCCAUAUGUGUUGCUAAGAUUGCUUAAAAUCCCGCCUUGCACUUCUUGGCUGUUAAGAUGAGCAAGUUCUGUUCUGCUUAGAUAUAACGUAAAGGCGGUAUGUUCCACAGUAAUCAUGCUGCGUGGAGAACUAAAUUAUGCAGUAAGGGUUGUUUAGGUGGCAAGAAGAAAACUGCCUGGGCAUGGUUCCCUUUUUGUGAGCUGGGGCAAAAGGGCGACACGCAGACAGGCAGUCUGUGCAGGCUGUGUGUUGUGGGCGCAGUGGGACAGCUGUGCUCUGCAUAGUGCGGGCCGCAGUCCUAAUGGAUUGCUGCCGGGAGGUGGGCAUUGGCCCCGGGGGCAAGGCCUGUUCUCACCCUACACCACGUGGUGACACGUGUGGCUCAGUCUCUCCUGGGAGCUUUUCCCCUGGUGUAAGUGUGGGAGUGGAGCUGCCACGUGCCAGCUUCUGUGUUUGGUACGUUUUAAAGCGUUCUGUGGUUUGGUUUUACUUCUGAUAACACUUUUGUAGGGCUGUAUACCUUUUUUUUUUUCUUCAGUCUGUGCCCAUUACUUAUGUAAAUAGAAGACUGGGAGCCUGUGUCCCAGUGGCUCUUCUGUGUGUUUAAAAGCAGUUAAAGUGGAACUGAAAUCAAUGAAGUGCUGUCUUGUUCCUUGGAAAGCAAUACAGAACCUUUCUACAAAAGGAGAUCAGCAGAGUACUGUGUGUAUAGCAGUGUGUAGUUUUAACAAAGUACAUUUCUUAGAAAAGUGAUUAAAAGGAUUUCUUAGCUAUUGCAAACCAAAAAGAUGCAGUUAUCUUCAGUCAUGUGUGCUUGUUUGCCCAGUCAGCACUGGGUCUGCGCUAUGGAGAACUUGAGUGCCUUAUGAAGUGCUCUUCUGACUGGUCUUUGAAAAGCAAUGGUCUCUUGGGUGUCAGAGUUGCAUUUAGGAGAGUUACUGCCCUAGAAGGACUAUCUGGGAGUUGCUCUUUACUUGAAGUCUGGGCGUGUAAUGUACUGUGGAGAACAGUUGUCAGUGUAACUAUGCUUUUAUCAAACUAAAUGCUGUUUUUCCCCUUUCAGUUUGAAUUCUCCUCCAAGCAAAAUACCCCUUCAAGCUCCUUUAUGCCACUCCAAUUGCCUGUAUCAGAGAUUACACAAUAUAAGAAAAGCUGCGUGUUCAGAGGCAUCUGUGCAUGAGGAGAAGUUUGUUCUAUGGCCUCGGAGCUGGGUGCCAGGGAGGAUGGCAGCUGCUCAGAGCUGGCAAAACCCCUUUAUCUGCAGUACCUGGAGAAAGCUCUGCGAUUGGAUCAGUUUUUACGACAGACGUCUGCCAUCUUUAACAGGAAUAUAUCCAGUGAUGAAAGUGAGGAUGGAUUGGAUGACAAUCCUUUGUUGCCUCAAUCUGGGGAUCCCCUGAUGCAAGUUAAGGAAGAGCCUCCAAAUGCUUUGCUUGGGGAAUCUUCUGGAGUAGGGAAUUCAGGAGUGCUGAACACACAUUCCCUGAAUGGAGUACUGCAGCCAGAGCCAAAGUCUGAAAAAGGAAGCUUGUAUAACUUUUCUAAACUGAAGAAAAGCAGAAAGUGGCUGAAGAGUAUCCUUCUGAGUGAUGAUUCCAGUGACACAGAUUCUCCAAGUGAUGAGGAUGGAGAGGAUGAAGAAGAAUUUUCUCUUUCAAGGGAGGAGCUUCACAAUAUGCUGCGAUUACACAAAUAUAAGAAACUACAUCAAAGUAAAUAUAGCAAAGACAAAGAGUUGCAGCAAUACCAGUACUACAGCGCAGGACUGCUGUCUACGUACGAUCCUUACUAUGAGCAGCAGCGCCACCUGCUAGGGCCCAAGAAAAAGAAGUUUAAAGAAGAGAAAAAAUUGAAAGGAAAGUUGAAAAAAGUAAAGAAAAAGAGGAGACGGGAUGAAGAUCUGUCUUCGGAGGAGUCACCGGAACACCACCAUCACCAGACCAAAGUUUUUGCCAAGUUUUCUCAUGACACACCACCACCUGGGUCCAAGAAAAAGCACAUGUCUAUUGAACAACUUAAUGCUCGUCGGCGAAAAGUGUGGCUUAGCAUUGUUAAAAAGGAGUUGCCAAAGGCAUACAAACAAAAAGCAUCAGCACGCAACCUUUUCCUUACCAACAGCAAAAAGCUUGCUCAUCAGUGCAUGAGAGAGGUACGUCGAGCUGCUCUCCAGGCCCAGAAAAACUGUAAGGAAACUCUACCACGGGCACGUCGUCUUACCAAGGAGAUGCUUCUCUAUUGGAAAAAAUAUGAAAAGGUAGAAAAAGAGCAUCGCAAACGGGCUGAGAAAGAGGCUCUGGAGCAACGCAAGCUGGAUGAGGAGAUGAGAGAGGCUAAAAGGCAGCAGCGAAAACUUAACUUCCUGAUCACACAAACUGAAUUAUAUGCCCAUUUUAUGAGUCGUAAGCGAGAUAUUGGGCAUGAUGGAAUACAGGAGGAAAUCCUACGCAAACUGGAAGACAGCUCUACCCAAAGGCAGAUUGAUAUUGGAGGAGGAGUAGUGGUCAACAUUACCCAGGAAGAUUAUGAUAGUAACUAUUACAAGGCCCAAGCUCUGAAGAAUGCUGAGGAUGCUUACCAGAUUCACCAAGCCCGGACUAGAUCAUUUGAUGAAGAUGCAAAGGAAAGUCGAGCAGCUGCUUUACGGGCUGCUAACAAGUCUGGUACUGGCUUUGGGGAGAGCUACAGUUUAGCAAAUCCUUCUAUCCGGGCAGGAGAAGAUAUUCCACAGCCUACUAUUUUCAAUGGGAAACUGAAAGGUUACCAACUGAAAGGCAUGAAUUGGCUGGCAAACCUAUAUGAACAGGGCAUCAAUGGAAUCCUGGCAGAUGAAAUGGGUUUGGGUAAAACAGUACAAAGUAUUGCUCUCCUUGCACACCUGGCUGAAAGAGAGAACAUCUGGGGACCUUUUUUAAUAAUCUCGCCUGCAUCUACUCUUAACAACUGGCACCAGGAGUUUGCCAGAUUUGUUCCUAAAUUUAAGGUGCUACCUUACUGGGGAAAUCCUCAUGAUAGAAAGGUCAUUAGGAAGUUCUGGAGUCAGAAGACAUUGUAUACUCAGGAUGCUCCUUUCCACGUGGUGAUUACCAGUUACCAACUGGUAGUACAGGAUGUGAAGUAUUUCCAGCGAGUGAAGUGGCAAUACAUGGUGCUGGAUGAAGCACAAGCGCUCAAGAGUAGCUCCAGUGUUCGCUGGAAGAUCCUACUGCAGUUCCAGUGUCGAAAUAGAUUGUUAUUGACGGGGACCCCAAUCCAGAACACAAUGGCUGAGCUGUGGGCCCUGCUGCAUUUUAUCAUGCCAACAUUGUUCGAUUCCCAUGAAGAGUUCAAUGAGUGGUUUUCUAAGGACAUAGAAAGUCAUGCAGAGAACAAAUCUGCCAUUGAUGAAAACCAGCUAUCCCGCUUACACAUGAUCCUGAAGCCUUUCAUGUUGAGAAGAAUCAAGAAAGAUGUGGAAAAUGAACUGUCAGAUAAGAUUGAGAUUCUUAUGUACUGCCAGCAGACAAGUCGACAGAAGCUGUUGUAUCAAGCCCUGAAAAAUAAAAUCUCUAUUGAUGACCUCUUGCAAUCUUCAAUGGGCACUACUCAGCAAGCACAGACCACUACUAGUAGUCUCAUGAAUCUAGUCAUGCAGUUCAGGAAGGUGUGCAAUCACCCGGAGCUAUUUGAGCGACAAGAAACUUGGUCUCCAUUUCACAUCUCCUUAAAGCCAUACCCAAUUUCAAAGUUCAUCUACCGUCAUGGACAGAUCAGGGUCUUCAACCACUCACGGGACAGGUGGUUACGGGUUUUACUUUCGCCAUUUGCACCAGACCACAUCCAGCAGUCUCUCUUCCAUAGGAAGGGCAUCAAUGAAGAAAGCUGUUUCUCUUUCCUCCGGUUUAUUGAUGUCUCGCCAGCAGAAAUGGCAAACCUCAUGAAUCAGGGACAUUUAGCCAGAUGGUUAGCUCUUUUCCUGUCUCUGAAAGCCUCCUACAGGCUCCAUCAUUUGCGCUCCUGGAUGGAACCAGAAAGAGAGAAACAGCAGGGCUCACACUGUCUCAAGAACAAGGAUUUCUUGCUUGAUGUAAAUUUCCCACUGUCUUUCCCUAACUUGCACAGCUGCACUUUGCUGCAGAACCUUGUGUUCAGUAGCCACUGUAAAGCAGUUACUGGCUAUUCAGAUCAUGUCAUACAUCGAAGGAGAUCAGCUACCUCAUGUGUACGGUGCUGCCAGGUGACUGAGCUGCCGUCCUUCCUGUGCAUAGCCAGUCCACGGGUAACAGCUGUGCCACUGGAGUUCUAUUGCAAUGAUCGAAGUGCAGAAUACGAGCGCAGAGCACUAAGGGAAGGAGGAAGUCUUGAAGCAAAGCAGUGUUUAGUCAAUGGAGCCCCUGAGCUAGCAGCUGACUGGCAGAAACAAAGCUCCCAGUUCUUCCCAGAAUAUCCAGGAGGACUGUUGGGGAUCAGGCCUCAGAACGGCUGGUCUUUCAUCAGGAUACCAGACAAGGAGAGUCUGAUCACCGACAGUGGAAAACUUCAUGCUCUUGAUCUUCUGUUGACAAGGCUGAAAUCUCAAGGGCACAGAGUUCUUAUCUACUCUCAGAUGACACGGAUGAUUGACUUACUGGAGGAAUAUAUGGUUUAUAGGAAGCAUACCUACAUGAGAUUGGAUGGUUCUUCAAAGAUUUCUGAACGAAGGGAUAUGGUAGCGGAUUUUCAAAACAGGAAUGACAUUUUUGUGUUCCUGUUAAGCACAAGAGCUGGAGGGCUGGGCAUUAACCUUACCGCUGCAGAUACGGUAAUUUUCUAUGACAGUGAUUGGAAUCCAACAGUAGACCAGCAAGCCAUGGACCGGGCACAUAGGUUGGGACAGACAAAACAAGUCACUGUGUACAGAUUGAUAUGUAAAGGCACCAUUGAGGAGCGAAUCUUACAAAGAGCUAAGGAAAAGAGUGAGAUCCAACGAAUGGUAAUUUCAGGUGGCAAUUUCAAACCUGACACUUUGAAGCCAAAAGAGGUGGUCAGUCUUCUACUAGACGAUGAAGAACUAGAAAAGAAAUUGCGUCAGCGCCAAGAGGAGAAGCGACAGCAAGAAGAAACAAAUCGUGUGAAGGAACGUAAACGUAAAAGGGAAAAAUAUGCUGAAAAGAAGAAAAAGGAGGAUGAAUUGGAUGGGAAGAGAAAGAAAGAGGGCAUGAACCUUGUGAUCCCGUUUGUUCCCUCAGCUGAUAACUCCAACCUGUCCGCUGAUGGGGAUGAUUCCUUUGUCAGUGUAGACUCUGCCAUGCCCAGUCCUUUCAGUGAGAUAUCCAUCAGCAGUGAGCUACAUAUGGGCUCUAUCCCUCCUGAUGAGAGCAGCAAUGAUAUGCUUGUGAUUGUGGAUGAUCCAGCUUCUUCAGCACCUCAGUCGAGGGCAACAAACUCUCCUGCUUCCAUUACUGGCUCGGUUUCAGACACCAUAAAUGGAGUUUCAGUGCAAGAUACACCUCUCACUGGCAGAGGCCAGUCAAGUCGAAACCGCGGUCGUCCUAAAGGAGGGAAUGCUGGAUCUAAGGGCACCGGGAAGAGCAGAAGCCGGAAAUCGAUAGCAGGAAGCGCGGCUGCAAUGGCAGGGGCCAAAGCCGGGGCGGCAGCAGCCUCUGCAGCGGCGUAUGCAGCGUACGGGUACAGUGUCUCCAAAGGCAUGUCUUCAAGUAGCCCUCUACAAACAGCAAUUAUUCGGCCUUCUGGACUGGCAGAUUUUGGACCUUCAAGCGCCUCUUCUCCUUUGAGUUCGCCUCUGAGCAAAGGAAACAGUGUUUGUGGCACCCCCAAAAGCUUAAACCUGACCAGCAGUCUUGUAUCAGAAACUGCCAUUCGGAAGCAAAGCAAAGGUGCCCACACCUCAGGUGCUCGGUAGUAAUUUUGAACCCCCAAAGUUUGUCUAAACUGCGUUGGCUAUUGGAGAAGACCACCCUGCAAGCUGAAGGCAUGCAAAUGAAUGCCUUGUGCUGUCAUGCAGCUGUGUGAAAAGAAAAUCAAAGCACAAUAGGAAUGGGUGGUUUAUGUGAGCACUUUGAUUAUGUGUAUCCCAAAUAAUUAUCUUUGCAGACACUGCGAGAAGGAUGGAAAGGGGUCUGGAGAGAGUGUCAGAUGUGGUUUUAUGAUGUAUAUCUGACAGAGAUUCCUGAGAAAGCAUCCAGGUACUCCAUGCAAAAUCCCGAAGCUGUGUGUAACUUGAAGUCACACCAGUGUAUUUUCUCUCUUGUAGCUUGAGGUGGAACUCAGCUUUAGUUUUAUUCAAUGAAAUCGGUAUCUGAAUGCCAGAGUCAGAAGACAUUUCUGUACUGGGAGCUGGUUGGUGUACGUGCAGGGGCUAACUGGGGGCCUAGCUGAGGACAUGGUGUGAUCAAAAAAAUCUUGUAUUCUUCUAAUGUGGACCUCUGGUUAGUUUUUUUUGUUUGUUUGUUUAUUUUUUUGUUUUCUUGAAGGUUUGAAAUGCAAAGGAGGGUAUCUCAGGGGGUUUCUGGGGAGCAGAUUCUUGUCAGCACAGUUUGUCAAGAACAGGGGAAGAGCUCUGACAGGUCUAGUGGGAGCAGCAGCACUGCCUCUGCUUUGUACAGUGGAAGAAGCCACAAGCCAGUGGUUUGGUUUGUGUUUCAGAGUUCUUACCAGUGUGAGCAUUCACUGUACUUAGAAUGAUUUUUCUCAUUUUUGAGGUGUGCUGAGCUCGUAAAGGCUCAGGAACAUAAUCAGGCUCUACUUGUACAGAUCUCAAGAAGAGGGAAAGCUGCAGUGCCGAGGAAGAGUUUGCUGCUGUUCCUCUCACUGUGCCAUAGCAGAGCAUGGUUCUGCAGCUAGCAGCUCUGCGAGCGGAGUGAUGAAAAACAGCACUGAGAAAGAGAACUGUGCCAUUCCCCUUUCCAGCCAAAUCCUGGGGAGAAAAUUUGUCUUGUAUCCCAGCCAUCCAUUGAUUGUUCUUCCAGUGUGUUUUCCCUUCAUCUUUGUGAUCAUCAGACGUAGCUUGGUUGAGUUCCCUGCCAUGUGCAGGUACUGGUAGCCGUCUCCCAUAGGCUGAUAGAAGCAGGGCUGCCAGUGCCCAUCUGUGUUCUCAUUCUCCUAUUGCUCCUUCUCCUUCCUCAAUGCACAAACCCCUCUGUAGGCCCUUGCUUUGCUGUAAGCAUUGUCUGCAUUGCACUGAGAUGUAGGUGUGGGGCAGUUCUUCUGUCUGACACAUUGAAUUAAAAGGCUGUUCUGCCAGGGCACUUUCAAUCCAUCAAGAGAGAAGCAAGUUAUGAGUUGCAGGUCUGGGCUAUGACAGUGGAAGAUGACUUAUUAUUAUUAUUAUUUUAUUUUUUUUCCAACCCCGAAUCCUUUGCCUGGCGUCCUACAGUGUGGAGCAAGUGCUUCCUGUUGGCUCUGCCUCUAAUUUGCACACCUGAAAAUAGCAGAACUGAGCUUAGUUAGAUUGAUUUUUAAACAGAUUUGCAGGGGAUAAUUGAGGGAGAGAUUGUGUUUAAUUAACUCAUCGAAGAUUUCUCCCUUCCCCUUGUAUUCACAUGUAUAUAUGAUAGUUAGAGGGAAUCAGACAAAUGCCAAGCCUUUUUUUCUCUUUGAAUGUGCUGUCUAUUUUUAUAACUGAACUUGUACAUAUGUAUAAAGAGAGACACACCUUUCUUUUACUAACUGGAGAAGAAAAUCUUAAAUAAAAUGGAGUGAGAUAAUUUUAUGUAAA